GUUUUAGGCGAAUGCUAAGAACUUGUCGAAAAGGUAAAUAAAAAUGCCUGCAACCACCUCGCUCAUACCCACACGCGUUAAUCCCGAUUUAGAGAAGGAACGUCGAGCUGCCAGUUUUAGUGUUGAAGAAUUCCAGUGCUGGUGGCAUGGCGGCGCAGAUAAAUUAAACGAGAAACGUGAAAUUGAAACCUAUCUCUACAAGGAUCUCAGAGAUGGCCACCUGCAUGACUAUCUCUCGCACGAGGAUCUUUAUCAUCUUGCAGUGAAGGAUGUCACCGAAGCGUCUGUUAAACUACGAAAACUACAAAAACUGCGUAAUCCAGGCGGUGACAAUAUUUGGCCAAAGAAGCUCUAUAACCUGCCGGCGCUGCUGCCAGCCCACCAUCCGUUUGCAACUCAUAUCACGAUGUUCGUCGAUGUGAUCUACAGCCAGGGCACGCCAGAGCAAAUUGAAAAAUUCGGUAAACCCGCAGCUAACUGUAAUAUAAUCGGCACUUAUGCACAAACCGAAAUCGGGCAUGGCACCAAUGUGCGCGGCAUCGAAACGCGAGCGGACUAUGAUCGCGCCACCGAUGAGUUUGUGCUGCACACGCCUAACUUGCAGGCCUACAAAUGGUGGCCGGGUGGAUUGGGUCACACCGCCAACCAUGCCAUGGUAGUGGCUCAGCUCUAUAUCGACGGCAAACAUCACGGCAUACAGAUGUUCAUUGUGCAGCUGCGCGAUUUGGAGACGCACAUGCCGCUGCCGGGUGUGGAUAUUGGUGAGAUUGGCAAGAAACUCGGCAUGGCUGGCGUGAAUCAGGGUUUCUUGGGAUUCAAGAGAGUGCGUAUACCGCGCACAAAUAUGCUCAUGCGCAAUGCGAAAGUGUUGCCGGGUGGUAAAUUCGUACAGAGUCCAGCAUCUCGUUUGAACUACAUGACUAUGGUGUUUACACGUUGUUUAAUCGUGAAUCUUUCAUACGAUUGUUUGCUUCAGGCGGCCACAAUAGCAACUCGCUAUUCGGCUGUACGACGUCAGAGUCCAAUUAAUUCGAGCGAUCCGGAACCGCAGAUUAUCGACCAUGUCACACAACAGCAAAAGCUCUUUCCUGAAAUUGCCAAUGGUAUUGCGUAUCGCAUCACCGGUCAGCAUAUGUGGGAGUUGUAUGAGCUCACGCUAAAGGAGAUCGCGAAUGGCGACUACACACGCAUGGCCGACAUGCACAUCGUUGCUUGUGCACUCAAGGUGCUCUCCACCACUGAUGGCUCUUUCGGUGUGGAACGUUUGCGCUUGGCUUGUGGCGGCCAUGGCUACUUGACAUCGACCAAUUUCAGCACCCUUUAUGGCAAUGUCAUAGCUGCAUACACUUAUGAGGGUGAGAAUACGGUCUUGUUGUUGCAAAUCGGUCGCUAUUUGGUUAAGACUUGGACGCAGCUGACACAGGGCAAGAAAAUGUCGCCCUUGGCUGCAUAUUUGGCGGAAAUAUAUGAUAAGCCUGAAAUCGCAGCAUGGAAUGAUAGUCGCUCGUACUUGGUUAAGCUGUUGCAGUUUACGGCCGCAAACAAAACACGAUUGGCUUUCGAGAAUUUAACCAAUCGUGUGAAUGGAGGACAAACGCUAGAGGAAGCAAGCAAUAAUACAGGCAUCGAAUUGACGCAGGCAGCAGAGCUUCAUGGUCGUCAAUUUGUUGCUUCGGCCUUUCUGGAACAAAUUACAGUUGCAAAGAAAAAUCAACGUUCUGUAGCACUCAAUUCGGUAUUGGAGAAUAUUUUGGAAUUAUAUUUGGUGCAAACUGUGCUGCGUCACAUGAACGACAUACUAAGGUUCACGCCAAUCAGCGAUGCCAAUCUUCGUUCUUUACAAAAUCGCUUGGAAUUAUCUUUGAAGAAACUGCGUCCGGAUGCGGUGGCCAUAUGUGAUGGCUUCGAUUAUCAUGAUCGUGUAUUGAAUUCAACUUUGGGUUGCUAUGAUGGCAAUGUAUAUGAACGUUUAUUUGAGGCGGCAAAGAAAAGUCCUUUGAAUCAGAAGCCGGUGCCAGACUCUUUCGAAAAAUAUUUGAAACCAUUUUUAAAAUCGAAUUUGUAAUAUUUUAAAAAUAUACACAUACUUUUUAUAACUUAAAAAGAGGGAGAAGUUUAAAAAAAGCUGACGUAAGGAUGUGUAUCCUAUCUUGCAAAUAUAUCAAAUAUAUAUAUGACUUAAACCUAUGUAUAUAUGAGCUAUAUAAAGAUCAAUUCGUUAUGAUACUCUUUAA